GCCCAAUAGGAACAGCUCCGGUCUACAGCUCCCAGCGUGAGUGACGCAGAAGACGGGUGAUUUCUGCAUUUCCAUCUGACGGUUCAUCUCACUAGGGAGUGCCAGACAGUGGGCGCAGGCCAGUGGGUGCGCGCACCGUGCGCGAGCUGAAGCAGGGCGAGGCAUUGCCUCACCUGGGAAGCGCAAGGGGUCAGGGAGUUCCCUUUCCGAGUCAAAGAAAGGGGUGAUGGACGCACCUGGAAAAUCGGGUCACUCCCACCCGAAUACUGCGCUUUUCGGACCGGCUUAAAAAAGGCGCACCACGAGAUUAUAUCGCGCACCUGGCUCAGAGGGUCCUACCCCACGGAAUCUCGCUGAUUGCUAGCACAGCACUCUGAGAUCAAACUGCAAGGCGGCAGUGAGGCUGGGGGAGGGGCGCCCACCAUUGCCCAGGCUUGAUUAGGUAAACAAAGCAGCCGGGAAGCUCGAACUGGGUGGAGCCCACCACAGCUCAAGGAGGCCUGCCUGCCUCUGUAGGCUCCACCUCUGGGGGCAGGGCACAGACAAACAAAAAGACAGCAGUAACCUCUGCAGACUUAAAUGUCCCUGUCUGACAGCUUUGAAGAGAGCAGUGGUUCUCCCAGCACGCAGCUGGAGAUCUGAGAACCGGCAGACUGCCUCCUCAAGUGGGUCCCUGACCCCUGACCCCCGAGCAGCCUAACUGGGAGGCACCCCCCAGCAGGGGCACACUGACACCUCCCACGGCAGGGUAUUCCAACAGACCUGCAGCUGAGGGUCCUGUCUGUUAGAAGGAAAACUAACAAACAGAAAGGGCAUCCACACCGAAAACCCAUCUGUACAUCAUGAUCAUCAAAGAGCAAAAGUAGAUAAAACAACAAAGAUGGGGAAAAAACAGAACAGAAAAACUGGAAACUCUAAAACGCAGAGCGCCUCUCCUCCUCCAAAGGAACGCAGUUCCUCACCAGCAACGGAACAAAGCUGGAUGGAGAAUGACUUCGACGAGUCGAGAGAAGAAGGCUUCAGAUGAUCAGACUACUCCAAGCUACAGGAGGACAUUCAAACCAAAGGCAAAGAAGUUAAAAACUUUGAAAAAAUUUAGACGAAUGUGUAACUAGAAUAACCAAUGCAGAGAAGUGCUUAAAGGAGCUGAUGGAGCUGAAAGCCAAGGCUCGAGAACUACGUGAAGAAUGCAGAAGCCUCAGGAGCCGAUGCGAUCAACUGGAAGAAAGGGUAUCAGCGAUGGAAGAUGAAAUGAAUGAAAUGAAGCGAGAAGGGAAGUUUAGAUUAAAAAGAAUAAAAAGAAAUGAACAAAGCCUUCGAGAAAUAUGGGACUAUGUGAAAAGACCAAAUCUACGUCUGAUUGGUGUACCUGAAAGUGACGGGGAGAAUGGAACCAAGUUGGAAAACACUCUGCAGGAUAUUAUCCAGGAGAACUUCCCCCACCUAGCAAGGCAGGCCAACAUUCAGAUUCAGGAAAUACAGAGAACGCCACAAAGAUACUCCUCGAGAGGAGCAACUCCAAGACACAUAAUUGUCAGAAUCACCAAAGUGGAAAUGAAGGAAAAAAUGUUAAGGGCAGCCAGAGAGAAAGGUCGGGUUACCCUCAAAGGGAAGCCCACCAGACUAACAGCGGAUCUCUCGGCAGAAACCCUACAAGCCAGAAGAGAGUGGGGGCCAAUAUUCAACAUUCUUAAAAGAAUUUUCAGCUUUCCACAGCGCGGGGGAACGGGAGGCUGCAGGAUGGGCAAGCUGACGGCGGAGCUGAUCGAGCAGGCGGUGCAGUACACCAACGCGGUGCGCGACCGGGAGCUGGACCUCCGGGGGUAUAAAAUUCCCAUCAUUGAAAAUCUAGGUGCUACAUUAGACCAGUUUGAUGCUAUUGAUUUUUCUGACAAUGAGAUCAGGAAACUGGAUGGUUUUCCUUUGUUGAGAAGACUGAAAACAAUGUUAGUGAACAACAACAGAAUAUGCCGUAUAGGUGAGGGACUUGAUCAGGCUCUGCCCUGUCUGACAGAACUCAUUCUCACCAAUAAUAGGCUCGUGGAACUGGGUGAUCUGGACCCUCUGGCAUCUCUCAAAUCGCUGACUUACCUAAGUAUCCUAAGAAAUCCGGUAACCAAUAAGAAGCAUUACAGAUUGUAUGUGAUUUAUAAAGUUCCGCAAGUCAGAGUACUGGAUUUCCAGAAAAUGAAACUAAAAGAGCGUCAGGAAGCAGAGAAAAUGUUCAAGGGCAAACGGGGUUCACAGCUUGCAAAGGAUAUUGCCAGGAGAAGCAAAACUUUUAAUCCAGGUGCUGGUUUGCCAACUGACAAAAAGAAAGGUGGGCCAUCUCCAGGGGAUGUAGAAGCAAUCAAGAAUGCUAUAGCAAAUGCUUCAACUCUGGCUGAAGUGGAGCGGCUGAAGGGGUUGCUGCAGUCUGGUCAGAUCCCUGGCAGAGAAUGCAGAUCGGGGCCCACUGGUGAUGGUGAAGAAGAGAUGGAAGAAGACACAGUCAUAAACGGGUCCUGAGCAGUGAGGCAGAUGUAUAAUAAUAGGCCCUCUUGGAACAAGUCUUGCUUUUCGAACAUGGUAUAAUAGCCUUGUUUGUGUUAGCAAAGUGGAAUCUAUCAGCAUUGUUGAAAUGCUUAAGACUGCUGCUGAUAAUUUUGUAAUAUAAGUUUUGAAAUCUAAAUGUCAAUUUUCUACAAAUUAUAAAAAUAAACUCCACUCACUGUGCUACCA